CAGCCAGCCACAGCGUGAUUGCGCACUGCCCGACAAUACAUAUCGCGAUGCCGCGUUCGGUGCCCCUCCAAUCUCAACCAUCAUGUCCGACUUCCUCUCCUCACUCAAAGGCAAGGCGCAGAGUGCACUCAGCAGCGCGCAGGCUGGCUUGACCGGCACCGCCGACCAGGCGAGUGGCCAUGGCGGCGGCAUCCUCAAGUCGCAUGCAUUCGAGUCCAUCCACCAUCAGCUGCGCAAUUUCCAGCAACAAUACUCGAGCUCCGUAACGCCUGUCCAGAGGAUCAUCACGACACAGAAAGGCAUCGCUCUCGACUACGAUGGCCUCGCAGGGGAUACACAAGCUCACAGCAAGGAAUUGUACACGUGGGGUCAGACUGAGGAGGCUGAUAUCAAGGAUGUCACCGAUCGGUUGGGAUGGAUUAACUUCAUCGAGGGCGCUCUAGCACGCACACUCGCAGGGAACCUCAACGCCUCUCGCGCCUCGUUCAAAGUGCUGCGCGAUGCCGAGACUGCGCUCAAUGCUCGGCGGACCAUUCGCGCGGGGUUGGCAAACCAGAUCGGGCGGAUCGAACACGACCAGUCUCGCGGUUACGAGCUGAAGCUCGCAGAGCUGAAGCAGCAGCUCGCGAAGGCCGAGGCUGAUGACCAGCCGCUCGAAGUCGAGUACGAACUGUUGAAGAGGAAGGCAAUACGGGAUAGCGAACGGGCGAAGUGGGAGGCUAUGCGAGAGUACGGAGAGAAGUUGGUACUUCUUUCGCAAGCGGCGAACGCAGCUCUUCAAGCACUGCCGUCUGUUCCCCCAUCGGACAAGCAAUAUCACGGCGCACAAGCAACCGCUUCCGUGAGGGCUUCCCUGCAAUCCGCUCUUGACAACUACAAGCCUGGCGAUGUGACGCUGCCCCUCACCACAUCCGCCGCCGAUCUCCGCAGGUCAGACACGCGUAGCUUUGGCCAAACCCAUGCCCACGAGCUCGCCAAGAUCAACACGGAUGGUACCUCCUCUGCACCGAGCAUUCCUGUGACGCCACCGCCAACCGCAGGAGGCAAUGCACUUCCAACUGCACCAUCGUAUGGUACGAACUCGCCUAUCUCCUACGCGGCGCCGGUGGGCCCAAGCUCAGCCUCCCCACCCCCUGCCAUUCCGUCGCGUGUGUCCCCUCCGAAUGUGAAUAAGCGGACAUCGUCUACGACGAAGGCUUCCUCCCCUCCACUAGGUUCUCAGUCUCCGCCACUCAACCCCGCAGCGUUGAACCAGGCUCCAGCUCCGAUCCCUUCCAUUUCUGCCACCGUAGCAGCGUCUCCUGUUGUUGCCCCCAACCCGGCUGAUCCUUCCCAGAAGUUCCCCUCGGUUUCGCCCACUGUAGCUGAAACAGGUGUCCCCAAGUCUGCUGACCCCGGCCCAGCGACAGGUAACCUCCGCGACCUGAAGCAGCCUUCACCGUCCCCUGUCACCUGGAAGAGCCCCAUCGCUGGUCAGGACACCAAGGGGCCGUUCGGCACUGAUGGUGUUCCGAAUGGUGGCGAGACCUUGCCUCCCCCAACGGAUGAGAAGACGGAUCAGUGGGAGUCUGCAGAGGAUGAGAAGAAGCGCCUCGAACGGGAGGAGAGGGAGCGCGUUCUCGCUGCAGGUGGGAGCGGAUCAGCACAGCGGCGCCAGUCAGAAGACCAAGAUGGCGGUGAGACGCCUCCCCCGUACCAGGAGAUCGCUGAGUGAAGCGCGCCGGGCGCGAUGGUAAGAACGAUGAACCUGUUCUAGGAUACCCCGUGGACUGAGAGCGUCACGACGUUGUACUACCUCCUCUUCGGACAGUUGUGUGAUUGACGAGUGAUGUAUGUGCUUAUAUCACGGUAUAUGACGACCAUGUAUCUGCUUCGUGUGACUCGCAACGACAUUUUCGUCAUGGCCGACC